AUGUUACCCACAUGCUUCACAGUAAAAUUACAUUUAUGUAGCAUUGUUUUUUUUUCCAUCUUUGCAGAAUGUAAACUUUCUCGGUCAGGUCCUCCUGCUACAAUCGUGGCCAUAGAUGAAGAAAGUCCAAAUGGAACAUUGUUGGUGGACAACAUGCAGAUCAAUGGUGUUGCUGAAGGUCCAGAUCGUACCAUCUCUCUGUCACUGAGAGACAACCACAAUUACUGGGUGAUCCUUGAUCCCUCCAAACAGUCUCUGUACCUGAACAGUACUGGACGGGUUCUGGACAGAGACCCUCCAUCCUACAUCCAGUCCAUUGUGGUUCAGGUUCAGUGUACUAAUGAGCUGAUUGGAACGGUGAUAUUACACGAGGUCCGCAUUGUUGUCCGAGACCGCAACGACAAUGCACCCCGUUUCCAGCAGCCAAGAUACUAUGUUGCUGUUAGUGAGCUGACUCCAGUGGGUACAACUAUCUUCUCCGGUUUCUCAGGGAACAAUGGUGCAACAGACAUUGAUGAUGGUCCCAACGGACAGAUAGAAUACACUAUCCAGUACAACCCGAAAGACCCGACGGCCAAUAGAACCUUUGACAUCCCUCUGACAUUGUUUGGCUCUGUAGUUCUGAGAGAAAGACUCAACUAUGAGGAGAUCACAAGAUACCUUGUCAUCAUACAGGCAAAUGAUCGUGCUCCUUAUCCCAGUGAGCGUCGGACAGCCACCACCACACUAACAGUGGACGUACUGGAUGGUGAUGACUUGGGUCCCAUGUUCCUACCAUGUACCCUUGUGGGAAACACUCGUGACUGUAGUCCCAUCACAUAUAAGGCUAACGUGCUUGAGCUGACAGAGCCGACUAAGGUGAAUCCACUCAAUGUGACUCCACCAAUUCAAGCUGUGGAUCAAGACAGAAAUAUACAACCUCCAUCUGAUAGACCAGGGAUCUUAUACUCCAUCCUCAUUGGCAAACCAGAGUCUUAUGCAGAAUAUUUCAGCUUGAACCGAAGCACCGCAGAGCUGCUGCUGCUGAAGCCCAUUGACAGGGAACUCUACAGAAGAUUUGAUCUUGUUGUCAAGGCGGAGCAGGACAAUGGCCACCCCCUGCCAGCUUUUGCUAAUCUUCAAAUUGAAGUUCUCGAUGAAAACAACCAGGCUCCCUACUUCCUGGAGACCAGUUACCAUGGAUACAUCAGCGAAGCAUCACCAGUGGGAACAACCAUAGCUGCCAACACCAGCCUGUCUGUGCUACUGGCCAUCAUAGCUCUGGAUAACGAUGUGGAGGAGACCCGAGAUCCUCAGCUCCUGCUCUCACUGGAUAGUUACUCCAAUGUUUUCUCUGUAUCAUCUGCUGGAAUCAAAAGAUAUCUCACCCUGAUGCAGCAUGUUGAUAGAGAGACAAAGGAUUCCUACACAUUCAUGAUGUUGGCAUCAGAUGGCGUCCAGCAGAGCUCUCCAGUUACUGUGACCAUAACAGUGUUGGAUGCUAAUGACAACACACCAACUUUUCCUAAUAUUUCAUAUAAUGUUAACCUGUUCACAGAUAUGAUGUCUACAGAAACUGUGUUACAGCUGUCAGCAACUGACUCUGAUGCGGGUCAAAAUGGUCGGGUCACAUAUCGGAUCUUAGCUGGUGCUCAGGGACAUUUCCUUAUAGACAGCAGCAAUGGCAAUAUAACGGUUGCUCCGGGUGUUGAGCUCACUGUGGGACGAAGCUAUGCUUUGACUGUAGAGGCUAUGGAUAACGGACCUGUACCCCACAGAAGGUCAUCCAUUACCACAGUCUAUAUUGAAGUUUUGCCUCCAAACAACCAGAGCCCUCCCCAUUUCUCACGGCAACAAUAUAACCUGGAGAUCAGUGAAGCCAUGAGGACCGGUGCAACGCUGCUUAAUCUGCAGGCAGUGGAUCGAGAGAAGGACACCAUAACCUACCAAAUCCACAGUGGAGACGUCAAUGGACAUUUUGUACUGCAGGAGAGUUUGGGGUAUUUGGUUCUGGACAAUCCUCUGGACAGGGAGUCUCAGGAUUAUUACACCCUGGUGGUCACAGCCUCAGACGGGAAUCCAGAUGGAACCUCCACUGCGACAGUGAACAUCCUGGUGACUGAUGUAAAUGACAACGACCCAGUGUUCAACUCUUCUCUUCCAGUGAACCUUACGGUCACUGAGGAGCAGGAUCUUGCAUAUGUUGGACAGGUCAAGGCAACAGAUCCAGAUCUAGGAGCAAAUGGUCAGGUCCAUUACAGGCUUGUCAACCACCAGACUCUGUUUUCCAUUAACGCCACUGGAGCCAUCAGAACUGCAGUGCCGCUGGACAGAGAGGUGGAAGGCCACUACUCACUUAUUGUUGAGGCCUCGGACGGUGCAGUGGACCCUCGGCGAUCCCGACUGACACUAUCUGUCACCGUUCUGGAUAUCGAUGACAACAGCCCGAUAUUCUCCAAGCAAACAUACAGAGUUGAUGUGCCAGAGAACAGCCCAAAAUAUACAGUUUUGUUGCAAUUAAAGGCAACAGAUGCUGACCUCAGCUCCAACCUCACAUAUCAAAUCAGAACUGAAGACCUGAAUACUGAGAUAGUGCAGCUAUUCCACAUUAACCCCGUAACCGGGGAGCUGACACUUCUCAGGGUUCUGGACUAUGAGACUCUGAGUGACCCUGAACCUUCAUACACAUUCAUUGUAGAAGCUGUGGACACAGAAGGAACCAUGCCUCCUGGAUUAGCCUCUGUUACUGUCAGAAUAAUGGACAUGAAUGACUUUUCUCCAGUAUUCAGCCAGUCACUUUAUCUUGGUAUGGUUGCUCCUAAUGCUGUUAAGGGAACCAUUGUGACCACAGUGAUGGCCAAUGACUCUGAUCCUGCGGGGACCCCAGCAAGUCUUGUUCAUUACAAGGUGGACCAGGAGGCACAUCCAUAUUCUGCUACUAUAUUUGAUGUUGAAGAAGGGACAGGACAUGUGGUUACAAGAGUAAACCUUAAUGAGGAGCCCAACUUGAAGUUCAGUCUGGUGGUGGUGGCCUAUGAUCAUGGUGACCCCGUGAAAGAAAACACAACUCUGGUAGAAAUCACCGUUCUUCAGCCAUCAGUUAUCCCUGUGUUCACCCAAGAAGAAUACAGAUUUCCCCCAGUAAGUGAGGAAGCUCCGGUUGGAACCCUGGUGGGAGUCAUCAUGGCAGCUGCUGUCAAUCAAACCAUCAUUUAUUCUGUCAUCGAAGGCAACGAGGGUGAUUUCUUUACAUUAAAUGAGACAACAGGAGUGAUUUCCACAGCCAAGCUUCUCGACUAUGAGGCCAAUUCCAGUUAUGUUCUGAAAGUAGAGGCGGACUCUAUGAGAGUCGCAUCCUCCAACCUUCGGGCCCCCUCAAAGACUAACACGGCUAAGGUGGUGAUAAAAGUCCAGGAUGAAAAUGACCACCCUCCAGUAUUCACCAGAUCUCUUUACAUUGGAGGAGUUGCAGAAGAUGCCAAAACUUUCACUUCAGUCUUGCAAGUACAGGCUCUGGACAAAGACACUGGGAACUACAGUUCCAUGAUGUACCGGCUGAUCAUUCCCCCUCCUCUUGGCAAAGAGACCAAAAACGGCAAGGAUGGCUUUGUCAUUGAGCCAUACAGUGGUGUGGUCAAGACGGCAAUCAUGUACCGCAACAUGAGGAGGUCGUAUUUUAAGUUUGAAGUAGUUGCCACGGAUAACUAUGGUCAAGGACACAGCAACAAGGCAGAGAUAGUGGUGUCAGUUGUGAACCAGCUGGACAUGCAGGUGGUGGUAUCAAAUGUUCCUCCAACUUUUGUUGAGAAAAACAAAAAGAAGCUGCUCAGCAUUUUGGAACACUAUGUCCAGGAGCAGAUUCCUGGAGCAAAGGUUGUCGUGGAAACCAUAGGUCCCCAUCGACAUGGUGAUGGAAUGGAAAAAGAAGAUUACACAAAGUCAGACCUCAUGAUAUAUGCCAUCGAUCCACUGACAAAUAGAGCUGUAGCUAGACAAGAGCUCUACAAGUUUCUGGAUGGAAAGCUCCUGGACAUCAAUAAAGAGUUCCAGCCCUUUCUCCCUCCUGGUGGGCGAAUUCUGGAAAUUCGAACCCCUGAAAUAGUGACCAGCGUAAAAAAAGCUGUGCAGAGUGUAGGCUACACAGAGGGAGCACUGCUGGCUCUGGCAGUUAUAAUCAUUGUCUGCUGUGUUCCUGCCAUACUGAUCGUGAUUAUCACCUACAGACAGCGCCAAGCAGAAUGUGCCAAAACAGCCCGUAUCCAGAUGGCGCUGCCAACAGGCAAACCUGGAGGAGGAACUGCCAACAACCUGUAUGAGGAACUGGGUGACAACAGCAUUCGGUCAAACCAUGGUGGUAGGGGGAGCGCUGGCAGUUUGGAUGAAAGCGACCGCCAACGUUUGAUCUCAGAUUUUGCCACUCGAGCAAUCGCUGCCCAUCGUCAAUGCAUUGCUAAUGGAGGAGUGCUAAACAAACUGCCCAAGUCAGAGUCAAACAUCACCUUUCUUUCUGAUGAAAAUCCCCGGACAACCAAAAACCCCAUCUAUCACGAGGAUGGAACACUGAGCAGUCCAGAGAUGCUUGGAAAAAGCCAGAGAAGAAAAGACCUUCUUGGGAAUUUAUCCCCUUCUAGAAAAGGCCUCCGAGAGGCCUGGCUGAGGCUCAGCUCACCUGGAAGCGAUGUAGGGUUUGCUGGAUAUGGCGGUAGUGAUAGUGGAUGGGGAUCUGGUGCUGGACACAGCUGGACUCUCCCAUCCAGACUACAUCGAAGGGAGAUGUACGAUGCUUUGAAGCGGCAAGUGGUUAUGGAUCCAGUGCAGUGGGAGCUGGAGCUCCUGAAGGCAGAAUUCAAGGAGAGUAAAGAUGCUGGUCUUGAUUCAGGCUUUGACCAUGGACUGGAUUCAGACUUGAUGGGAAGCCCAAGUCUGGAACCAAAGCUGACAGUAAAAGAACAAGCAAGACAGUUUGAGCAACAAGCGCUUCAGGAAAUGAGGCAACGGCAAAACAGGGAUUCCAGGGGUUCAUUAUCACCUGAUAUGUUACUGUCUGUUUUCCCAGAGACUCCUCAGCAUCACAAGCACAGCCCCACCCACAGCGCCCUGCCUGCUCAAAGCGCAGAAGGUCCUCCCAGUAUCAUUGUCACUCAUAGUGACGGAGGCACGCCUCCACCAGCUCACAAGCCAACUCCUCCUGUCCUGCGACGCUUUGGAGCAAAUUUAUCAGGAAAUCACAGUGCAGAAGAAAGACUUCAGGUUCAUUUAGAGGUCAUCCCUGAUCCUCCUUCAACACCUCCGCCUCCUCCUCCAUCUCCAUCUCCACCUCCACCACCAAUCACCUCUGCUCCUCCUCCGCCCGCAUCUCCCUCUUUAAAUCAACCUCUCACCUCACCUCCGUCCUCCCCUGCUUCACCUCUCUCUGGCCAAAAGGGGGUUCCCCCUCCACCUGUCCCUCCUCCACCCCCACCCCCACCGCCACCACCUCCACCUCCACCUCUGCCCCCACCUGUGUCUCCUUCACUCCUUCGUCCAACCACAUUUGUCCUCCCAUCUCUGGCAGAGGUACCAGCUCUGCGACCCGUGUCUCUCCGGCCUCCACCACCACCCCUUCCUGUGGAUCCUGAACCUCAGCGUAAAGAACUAAAAGGAAUCUUAAAGAACAUCCAAAACAUAGCAGACAUUGAGAAGUCGGUUGCCAACAUGUUCAGCCAGAUAGAUCAGAAACAGAUUCCAUUAAAGAAAGUCAUGAAAAGUCGGGCUUCUGUGGAUUCCCUGGAUUCACUUGACUCUUUGGACACAUCAGCCAUUGGAGAAGGAGAGGGAGGAGAGCAAAGUAGGGAACAGCGUGGAUACGGACAGCAUGAGACACAACAGCUUUUAAGACCCUCUCUGCUCAGACCAGAGGAGUUAUCAAUGGAAUCGGGCAUUGAUCCUGGCCAGGACUACUACACUCAAGAUUAUUACAACUAUGAACAUGGGUCAGUACACGCAUAUUGCACAGAGCAGUAUGAACUUCCUCAGUAUGGAAGUCGCAGAAAGCUGAUCUCACCCGCCGGUCUCUAUGAUGAAUAUGGAGAAGUGAUUGUUGAUGACGAUGGUAGCUACUACUACAGCCCUCAGGAGUCUGAUGGAGAGGUGAGGAGACAGUUUCAAGGAGACAGAUCAGCCCCACACCCUGCCUCCAACAAACCCCAUCCUCCGCCUGUUGCACCUCUGACCAAGGCCCCGGGGCCUUCCACAGCCGGGGGUGACAAAACACAAGAAGGCAUUCCAACUAAACCUAAGGGCUCAAAUGCAGUUGCCAGGUUGAAGGCCAUAAUGGGAAUGAGUACUCCGCUGUCCCCGACUGGUAAAACAUCAGCUCAGCGCCCUGCCGUCCACCCACCAUGGAGCAAAGCCAGAGUCGGACCAAUGGAAGAGAGGAGUGCACUGGCAGGAAGAAGAGCAGAGGGAUCAAAUAUGGGGCUGGGGGCAGGGGAGCCAGCAAACAGAGGAAAUGAAAAUGGAAUGAGAGAUGAGGCAGUAGAAAGAAGGGGGGUAGGGCGAGGAAGAGGAGAAUUGGAGACAUGGGGAAGGGGUGGCAGAGGCAGCAUAAUGAAUAAUGGGAUGAGAAAUUUAGCUGGAGGAGGCGUCGGGCCAGAGCACAGGGGAAAGCUCCCUGGCUUCACUGGACAGUAUUUCAGUCUGGAUAGCGGCAUGAUCAUUGAUGGGAGUUAUUUCCAAACAUCAGUUGAAGCAAGUAAACCCCCUCCAGUGAAACAAAAGCUGAGCGAAGCCCUCAGUCUUAUCUCCUUAGCCAGAAGGCUCCAGGGACCUGCGAGGGUGGGAGAUGAACAGAGGAGCAAUUGUAAAUGCUGGGACAGUGGAAAGGAGAACAGCAGGAAGAUGUACCGCUCCGUAGGAGAUAUGAGUGUUUCUGCAUCGGUGUCUGCCAGAGGAGAUCAAGGCACGAGGUGGGGCGUAGGAGGGGAGAUUAGUGACAGUGUGACUGAGCAAAGUGAUUCAGAAAUAGGAAGUGGCAGCAAAGAAUCUCCAUCAGAACUUAGUGUUUCUAACAGGAGCAGCCCGACCCUAUCUGUUGCAGCAGAAACUGAAACAAAUGAGUCUGACUCUGGAACAGAGAGUGAACAGGGCUCUGAGUCUGAUGGCGAGUCAGGGGCAGAGACUGAAGAUGAGGCGGCUGAAUUAAACAGAAGAGGCUCAACAAUUAGCAGUCAUAACUCUCGGAGUAAACACAGGUUUAGCCAUAAAAGCAGCAGCAGUUGGGGCAGCCACUCAAAAAGCGGCUCCCGACACUCAGGUUCCACAGUUUCCAGGUCAAGGCCCAAAUCCUCGGCCAUGAUUAGACAACCGAGCUCCUCUCAUGAAACAUCAGAGAUAGAGAGCGAAGAGGAAAGCGAGGAAGAGGAGAGGAAAAGCACAGCAAAAAGCUCUGGGGUGAUGAACACCCCGGAUGAUUUGUCGCCCAUCAUGGCGGACACUGACGAGGAUGAGAAAAGCAACACCCACAGCUGGAAAGAAGACGAAGAUCAGGAAGAUGAAGAAAUACAGGGGGAAUUGAGGAAAUGA